GCACCGAGCGAACAGAGCGGGUACAUGGCCGCUCUUGCAAUAUUGCGUGCCGAGAUCCACAUCUGAAAGCCAGACGAACCGGAUACUUCGACGAAGCGCGCGGAGUCAGCAGGAAGGCGAGAGAUGUCAUGACCGGGAGGCGAAGCAGCUUACUUCGUCGGCUCAGAAAUGCCGAGCGCUUCUGGUCGCUCAUCGACUCACACGUCCGAGCUGCUCACUUUGCUGACCGAGCUAAGAGCGGAGCGUACGAUUCGAGCAAAUGCGCUCGCCCUCGUGCACGCUUCGGACCUACGCAUUGCUGCCAUGGUCAAAGCUAUCAACGACCGCCUCAAAGAGCCCGGAACGCCGCUCAUCUCGACUUCGGACGAUACGGACGCAAGCGACUAUGCAACGGAUCAAGAGGGAACCCAUACUCCCAAUCCAGCCAGUCCGAUCAAGACCUGCGCCCCAGAGGACGUCUAUCCGCUCAUGGAUUUUAAUGCAUCGUACAUCGAUGCUCCGUCAAAAGACUCGACGAUCGACGAACUACCCAUCACCUUUCAUGACACUCUGCUUGAUUUUGAAGCAACAUGCACGCGAGCCCUGACCUACUCUUCAGACGCUCUCGAACAUGGGCAUACGGACGUGGAUCAUGACCACGCAAAGGAGGACAAUCACGAUCAUCUCGCGAAUAAUCGCGCAAAUGGGAUGGCAACUGUCGAGCCUGUCCGAUCCGGCCCGAGCAAGCUCACCUUCAUCCUUGCACAAUCUCCCGAGCGCCUUGAACAUAAUCAUAAAGCUACCGGCUGUUUCAAAUGCCAUUCGCAGACGAAGCCCACCACGAGCUUUGUGGCUCAUCCCCAUAAUCGCGCAGCAAGACGGUACCAGAUCUGUCGACCAUGCAAGAAACAUCUUAGUCAGGCCGUUGCAGCCGAUAAUGCAUCGACCAGCAGCUCCGAGGCCGAGCAGAGCAUACCAAUCGAAUCAGGCGAGGGCGAUGCGCGCCUUAUCAGAACACUCAACCUGCGCUCGACGAACCAAGCGGUCUUCAAGAUUACCAUCGGAGAGUCGACACCCGCAAAGGAACACACGACCGCAGAGUUCAGAGGAUAUCUUCGCCAAUACAUCCUUGGUACUUUUGCACCUGACACGGAGCUCAUGGCGACUUUCGGCACGUUCCUGAACACGACUGACAUCAUGAACGAUCAAAGUGGACCGGCAUCCGCAGAUCUGCUAGUGCAGCUUUACAAAGGACUCGCAAUUCGCCACACACGUAUGUUGCAGCACGCGUCCAACAAGAUCUCUGCACAACUCAUCUGGGAAACGCGCACCAUCGCAGGCCUCAACGAGCAGUAAACAAAUAUGAAUCGUAUUGUACAAACAGUCAAGUCAUCUCGCUGUAUGAAAUAAACAUAUGGUGCGACGUGAAGCUCGAAGUUCCUCAAAUGCUCCAUUGAGACAUACCGGCAAUCAUGCGCCGAGUCGACUGGGCGGCCUACAAGAAAAGGACAGGAGUAUUGUAUUCUAUAGUCACUGCACAUCACAAGCUUGUCCUUCAGCCUUGAGGUCGAUAUUGUCGCAUUUCUCCAACCACUUGCAUGUGCCGCAUUUUUCGGCAAAAGCGCGCGAUGGAAAGUACACGAAGAGAGAUGCCUA